AUGUCAAAUCCGUCAGGCGAGCCAUUCUACCUGCGAUACUACUCGGGACACAGCGGUCGAUUCGGACAUGAGUUCCUCGAGUUCGAUAUUCGCGUAGUCGGCGACGGCCGUUCAGCAGUGGCCCGGUACGCAAACAAUAGCAACUACCGUAACGACAGCCUGAUUCGCAAGGAAAUGUGCGUAUCGAGCCUGGUCGUCGAUGAGAUUCGGCGCAUCGUCAAGUCCAGCGAGAUUAUGAAGGAAGAUGACGCCAAAUGGCCGCAGAAGAACAAGGACGGCCGCCAGGAGCUCGAAAUCCGUCUCGGGAGUGAUCACAUUAGCUUCGAGACGGCAAAAAUUGGCUCUCUCAUCGAUGUCACCGAGUCCUCGGAUCCCGAAGGCCUGCGUGUCUUUUACUACCUGGUGCAAGAUCUCAAGGCGCUCGUCUUCAGCCUCACUUCGCUGCACUUUAAGAUCAAGCCAAUCUCGUGA